ACUCACUCUCCUUUUUAAUUUGAACUUGUUUAUUUUCCUCUCCGGUCUCCACCUAUUUUCUGCUUCCCUGUAAAAAGGGUGAAGAAAACCCCGUGAAACCCACUCGUUCUAGUGGCACCGCUUUUCAAAUUUGCGACCUUCUCAUUUCUAACAAUUUAUGGGACAGAUAUAAAUGAGUGAAGUUCUGUGAGUGGAAAAAGUUUUUUGGCAAAGAACUUUUGGGGUUGAUGGAGAUUAAUAUAGAAAAAAUGGGAGAAGAGAAAGAAAUGUUAAACCCCAAUGUUGUUGGCAAUAGUGUGUCACAAUGUUGUCGGUGUAAUGAAUGGGAAGAGAGAUGCAAGAAAGCUGAAGUGAGGUAUGCAGAGUUAGAGGUUGAGCUUAUAAAGAAAAAGGAGCAGUGUGAAGAACUGGAGGCUAAAGUUAUGGUACUGGAGGGAGAAAAGUUUGAAUUUGAAGAUAAGCUGAAAGUUUUGAGUGAAGGACUUAAAAGGCAAAAAGAAGUUAGUGGUGGAAAAGAGGGAGAGAUAAAAGCUGUUGUUGAUUUGACAGAGGACAAUGAGGCUGUUCAGUUAAUGAUUGAAAACAGAGUUUUGAAUUGUGAGAAGAUGAGGGCUGAGAGUGAGGUUGAGGUCUGGAGAGACAAGUACAAGAAAUUGGAAUCAUGGGCCUUACAGUUGGGGAUGCGAAAUGAAGAAAAUGGAAAGGAACUAGACAAUAAGCCAAUAAGUAAUGAAGGAAAUUUGCAUCUUGAUACAAGCUUUGGCUUCUUACAGAAUAAGGAGAAAGUUGCGACAUUGGGGAAUAAUGAAAUUGAAGAUAUGCAGUCAGCAGAUACACCUUCUGAUGGAAUAUUUCAAAGAAGUCCUAUAAAAGGUGUGCUACCUAGCAGGAAACUUAAGAAAAAGUUGACGUUUAAAACUGAAGAUUCUCUCAGCAAAAUGAUGGCUCCAUCUCAACCCAUUGGUGCAAACCCUGCUCCUUUCAGUGUAAUUGAUAUCAUUGAUAGUGACGAUGAAGCUUAUAUCACUCAGAACCCUGUACCAGAUAGGCAGGGUAAUGAAAGUAUUUAUGUUUCACCAUGUUUUGCAGCAGAAGGAAAGGAAUCUAACAACAGUUGUGCCCAAAACAACCAGGAAAGUUUGGAUUUGGGUGAAGAUAUCUUAUUUGUUGCAACUCCUAAGAGAAAACGAACUUGUAACGUUGUUACAAGUGAUUCUGAUAGUGAUGAUGGUGAUGAUGAUAUUCCAAUUUGUAAGCUUAAAAGGAAGCAUAUUCAGGAAGUAAGUUCUGACCAAGUUAUACCUGACUUCAGUAGUUCACUUCCUGCAACUAUUUCAGAGGAUGACAAAGUCACAGACACUGUAAUGACUAGGCGUCGUCUAAGGCCUCUGAGAAAAUGUGUAGGCAAAAGUCAGAAUGAUAAAAUAUCUUCUUCAUGUAGACCUCAUAAGGCCAAGCAUCAGCAAAGUAAUCCAUCCAACAAUGAUUCUGAUGAAUCAGAAGAGGAUUUGUCAUAUAGUGAGGAAGAAAAUAUGAGUGAUUUUAUUGUUACUGAUUCUGAUGUAUCUAAUCGUGAAGACACAUCUAGCAGGUCACAAGAUGUAUCUAAUUGUGAUAAGGACUCUGAUUCCAUUAACUCACAAGAUGUACAAGAUAGUAAUAAGGAUUCUGAUUCACAGGAUGUAUCAGAUGGAGACGUGGACUUUGGUAAGAUAUUAUCAAAAAUUCAGAGAAGCAAAAACACCAUGAAGUGGGAAUUCGAGGCUGACAUGCUUGCAGCAUUUGGUAAGGAUCCAGAAUUGUGUAUGAAGGCUGUGUGUGCUCUUUAUCGACAGCAAACUUCUGAGGAACAGAUGAGCAAGGGAGCAUUGUUCUCCAACCGGCGUGGAUUCAGCAAGUUAGAUGCUCACAAGGGCAGUAUUUUGGCGGAGUUCCUCACUGAUGGAGAUCCUUAUGGUGGUUUAAAGAAGUCUGUGAAGGAGUUGCAAGAAUAUGAACCAGAAGCAGUUGAAGUGUGCAGAUCACUAGCGAUUCACUAUUCUAAGCAACUAUUUGAGAUUUACAAGAAUAAAGAGGAUCCACUUUUCCAUGACUAGAGCAGCAUUAGGCUCCUUUUCAAUGUGUAAGAUAUUGUAAGAUAUGGAAAUGUAUUUAUUUAUUUGAACUACACAUUUGGAGGUUUUUAUUUUUUAUUUUUUAUUUUUUUUAUUUUUAUUUUUACCAGUGUGUUUUGUCAUAGUUUCAGAAUAUGUAUAUAUACACGUGAUGGCCCUGAGUACGGUUGGGGUGGCAUUUUACUUUUUAGAAUAAAUGAUGAAUUAUAUGAAA